AUGACAUCUUCAAAUAAGGACUUUUCCAUCAAGAUUGAAGCAGCUCAUAAUGAUCCAUCCUUGACCUUUAACCAUACUUGUUUAAGAGUUAAGGAUCCUGUUAGAAGUGUCGAAUUCUAUGAGAAGAAUUUUGGAAUGAAAUUGCACGCCAAAAAGGAUUUCCCUGAUAUGAAAUUCAGUUUGUACUUCUUGUCUUUCCCAAAGGACAAUAUGAAGACAAAUUGUCACAAUGAACCAGAUGUCUUCUCUUCUGAAGGUAUUUUGGAAUUAACUCACAAUUGGGGUAGUGAAAGUGAUCCAGAAUUUAAAAUUAACAAUGGUAAUGUUGAGCCACAUCGUGGUUUUGGUCAUAUUUGUUUUGCAGUUGCAGACGUUGAAAAGGAAUGUAAUGACUUAGAAGCUAAAGGUGUUGCAUUUCAAAAGAAAUUAUCUGAUGGUAGACAAAAAGAUAUUGCCUUUGCACUAGAUCCAGAUGGAUAUUGGAUUGAAUUGAUUGGUUAUUUAAACAACAAGCAUGGUAAUACCCUACCAACAAAGGAUGUUGGUAUGAGAUUUAACCACACUAUGAUUCGUAUUAAAGAUCCAUCAAAAACUUUAGACUUUUACCAGAAUGUUUUGGGUAUGAAAAUUCACAAGAUUAGUGAACAUGCGAAUGCAAAAUUUACAAAUUACUUUUUAGGUUAUGAUAUACCAGAAGGUGAAAGUUGGUUAUCCAUGGAAGGUAUUUUGGAAUUAUGUCACAAUUGGGGUACUGAAAAUGAUCCAGAUUUUUCCUAUCACAAUGGUAAUCAAGCUCCACAAGGUUAUGGCCAUAUUUGUGUUAGUUGUACAGAUCCAUCCAAACUAUGUUCAGAAAUAGAAGAAAAAUACGGUGAUAAAAUUACUUGGGCACCAAAGUUCAACCAAGGUAAGAUGAAGAACUUGGCAUUUUUGAAAGAUCCGGAUGGAUAUUCAAUUGAAGUUGUUCCACACGGUCUGUGUGUUUAA